AUGCCAACCGACUACAUCGUCGCUACAAUCAUGUACCUACUCAGCCUCUUACUGGAUGAAUUCGACGGAAAUGCGGCACGGUAUUUUAAUCAAUGUGCGUCUCCAGGGUUUUCUAUUGUUUUAAUAGUGUGUUAAAAUUGAGUUUAUGGUACCUUCCAUUCCAAGCCCGCUCAUCCCACCAUCCCACCCCCGGGCAUUUGUGGGGCAUUCUCUAACUUUUCCUUCCCAAGUUUUUCAUGACACGUUGUUCAUUUUAAAUUUCCCGAUUACCCCCAAUGUAAAAAUAUAAAAAAUGAGUUAAUAACCAUCGUUUGGGUCGGUCACGCACUUUUCCGGGUGAAGGGGCUCCUACCGCACCCUUGCCCCAACCUUCCCCACACCCAACACACCCACAAGUUUCCUCGUUCCCAGGAUCUUCCUCUUCCCUCGUCCACGCGCGAAUGAAAAGAUGGCGGAAAGAAGCUUCGACAUCUUUGUGGAACAAGAUAUCGAAUUCGUAAGCUCUUGGUUGAGUGAUCAAGGCUUGGAGGGAUUGAUUAAACUUUUGCGAGUAAGUGAUUGAUCCUUUAAAGUUUACUUACCAUUUUAAAGUAUGGCUGAAAACUGAUUGAUCAGUAUAUUCGGCGGGAUCAUACAUAUUUAUUUACCUCGGAGGCGGGGAAGGGGGACUUCCACACAAAAGUUACGGGAAUGCUCCUCAUCUCGCUUAGAGGUGUAAAUUGCAGAUUUUGGCCGGUCUCACUUAGCGUGUCUGGGAUGGAAGUCACUAUAUUUGCCUAUUCAGGUAUCACUUCGGGCUGUGCAUAAAGAAAUAUUAUACAAAAAAUGCCUUGAUGUCUGUUUUAGUAUGGUUUCCUUUAGGGGUCAGUUUAAGCUUAAACAGCACCCACAUUGGUCUCCCUUAGGGGUUUAAUUUCAAUUUUCUGACGAGCAUCGCUGUCACUCUUAUAUGGGAGCUCCCCCCCCCCUUACCCCCGGUUCAUUUGAUGGUUGAACCUCCAUUAAGUAGCCACCCUUGGGCAAGUGGCUGCUUAGUGGAGGUUGAAUGCACCCUGUAGUGGAGUUAUCAGGGUCGGCCAGGGGGGGGGGGGUAGUGGUCUACCAGUAUACCCGAAAAAAUUCGCCAAAAUACCCCAAAAUACCCAAAAUUCAUCCAAAUAUACCCAAAAUAAAUUCAAAGAAAAUGAUAUACCGAAUACCCGUAUUUAAGCUGCAAUAUACUGUAUACCCGAUUUAAAAAGCCCCUGAAUACUGUAUACCCAAAAACCCUGGCCGACCCUAAGUUAUUGGUAAGCCUAAUUAAUUCCUUUUUUGCCUUUUGCUUUUUUCACAUUUCCUUCUAGCAUUUUUCUAAGACAACGUUAUUGCAAUUAAGUUUUAAUAUUUGUGUAGUAAUGCACAACCGUACAAAAUACCUUCAGUGGUAAAAAUAAUGGUGUUCUGUCCUGAACACCUUAAGUGAGAUCAUUCCAUCAUUUUCCUGUGGGAGUCGUCCCAGAGGAUGUCAACAGUCCAAUUAUUUCAAAUUUUUCAGUUAUUGAAACUAUGGUAUAAUACUUAAAUUUCAGGUACAAGGUUUGGUUCCAUGCUAGAUAUGCUUACCGACAGGUAACUGAUUCACAGGGUACAGUGGUACACUUUUUCUCUGCUGAAUUAUGUGAAGGGAGAAUGUGGGGGAGGGAGGGGUGGCUUGGGGCUCAGAAUGAGGUCUUCACUAGUAAAUACCAAUAGAAAUCAAUGCCACCUAAAUUACUUUCUCCCUUCCGACCCCCCCCCCAAAAAAAGAACCCUGCUUUUUUUUUCUCUUAACUUGAUAAUAAGUUUUAUUUCAAAUUUCAGAUGUGUUACCACAGCCCUUCUUGUCAUACUGGGCCUUUUUUACCCAAAGUACAUUUUCAUUUUUCAAAUGCUGAUUUGCCUGGAUAUUGCUAGUCACUGGAUCCAUGUGCAAAGGUGAGUCUCUAUAAUAAGCCCUCCCGUGGCUGGAGGAGCUUAUUUUUUUGCAUCCAAGGAAUGUAUUAUUUUAUAAUUGCCCCAGCAGAGAUUUCACCUAGGCUUGAGGCAUUCUAGCUGGCGCGUAUAUGUUGUGGUUUAAUUUGUUCAUGGUUUAAGUUUAAUUUUCAUUUGUUUUAAAUUCAUUAUGAUAAUCAUACAUUACUAUGCCCAAAACAAAGGAAAAUAUAUUUAAAUCAAGGAUAGAAUUGAACUACAACAUUACAUAUAGGAAAGUAUUUACAGUUGAAAUAUACAGUCUGUAUACCAGAAAAAAUCUCUAUUUACUUUAAUUGAAAAGGGGCCGCAUGGAAUCAUUGGGUAAUGAUGAUGUUUGAAUUGUGCAUGCCCACAAGUAAGAAAUGGUUAGGAUGACAUAAAACAACUAUGGCCUAAGGGACCGCCUAGGUUGAUUUUGUGACACUUGUUGUAUACAGUCAUACUUCGAUACUCUUUUGAAUUAUGUGUGUUCAGUGACAAUUUCUUUGAAGCAGCUGUCUUGAAAGAUUUGGACCCAAAGACAUUCGUUAAGUGCAGAUAAAGGUAUAAGGGGCGUAUAAAUGUGUAUAAGCCAUUUGGAGCCCUUGGGGGCAGUAAAGACUCAGUCCAGUAAGCAAGUGAAUCAAGCUAGCUUUAAUCAGGUCACUCAGCAGAACGAUGGACUAUUACAAAAAUUCGCCGACAAUUAAAUUCUCUGCUGACAUAUUCCCUGCUCAUAGAUUUCCCUCUAUAAAGCUUUUUUUAAAACAAAGUAUUGCCUUAAUUAUAUUUUUAAAAAAUGACUGAAACACGAGCAUGAAUUGUCAAAUGGUCAGACCUUAAAUUUCAAAGGCUUACGUUCUGGCUAAUAAAAUGAUCUGUAGUUUUAAAAAAGAUUCUUGAAACUGGGAAUUUUUUUAUCAAAGUUGUGUAAUUUGACCUGAAUCAGUGCAUGAAAUCUUGCGUUUCCUGUUUUUAUCUCACCUAUAAUUGUAUGGAACAUGUGUUAAAAUCUUCAAUAUGAAUCGGUAUAUUUUAAAGAGCUACACAAACUGUGCACAAAGCAGUCAGUAUAAAAUGUGGACUGUGGACUGCGGACUGCGGACCUUGGACUGCGGACUGGGUAUAAAACACGGACUUAAGGUAUAAAAUGUGGACUAGAAACUACAGACUGAGUGUAAAACACGGACUACAGACUAAAAUGUAUAGAAAAACAGCUUUAGAAACAUCAAACUGAGAGAAAGGGAUAGCUGACUAGCAUAAAACAGUAGUCCCAGCUCCUUGUCUCACACACAAACAUUCCUUUCGCUGGUCAUGCAGUCUAUUCUCCCCAACGUCAGCAUCAUGUGGAUAAGGAGAGCAUACAGCUGCAUGGGCAAGGAAGGUUAAUUAUGCCGCUACUCAAGGCAACUGAAAAUGAAACUCUGAAUUUAAUAAAAAGUUGGAGUUAGAGGAGGGUUGAAUUCAGUUUAUAGUUUUAAACCAAUAGAAGAUAUGAAAUUGAGAGGCACCGAAUAAAAAAAGAUAGUAUUGGUGUUAGUUAGAGUAAAAUUCUUAUAGAUGCCACAAUCCCAUUUCAAGGCCUUGGGAAUAUGAGGAAAUGAAGAACCCAGAUGAGAAGAUCAAUUAAUAGAGGCAUCCACAAUGCAAAAAAGCUGUAUUUAGUGGGGAGGGGUUACUCACCUAUACGGGAAUAAUGACCAACAUAUAUCAUCCAACAUUAUAUUCUAAGCGAUGAUGACAUGAUUUACACCUAUGUAAACAUGUGCAUCGUGUUUGUGACCCCUGACAUGAAUGUUAGAGAUCGAGACCAUGAGGUCUAAAAAUGAGUGUAGAAAAUAGCAUUUUGCAGGUCAGGCUCAGGAUUUGAGGAACUGGGUGGCACGUACACCUCCACCACGAAUUUCUAGGAGUAUUUAUAACUUAAACUCAUAAUAAUAAUAAUUAUUAUUAACCAGUUUUGAUGGGGAGGGGGGUAAUUUCGGUAGGAGAUGUUGCUCAUCGGAGAUGUGGGUUUAUGAAUGACAGUGGCACUUACAUACUGUGAAAGGUAUAUACAUAUAAUGAUCCAUAGUUUGACAAAAUGGUUUGACACUAAAAGAGAACUUUUGAGUUCAUGCAAUCUUCAGAUAAUCAUAUUUUUGGUUUUAAAGAAUUUUGUUUACAAUUUGUUGACUGGUUAGUUUUCAGUUCAAAUCAUGGUGAUUUAAUAAGGGGGGAGCUUGAAAAAGAGUUGUGGCUUUUGAGAGGUUGUGGUAACAGUUAAGAGCUUCUCACUGAACCACAUGUUUCAGUCUACAUAUUUGUGUAUGUUAAGGGUGUUGGAGAUAAGAAAAAUAUUAUUGGCAGGGCCGUAAGUUAGGUUUUUUGUAACGUAAGGGGGGUUGUUAUCGCGAGUCAUGAAGGCACAGCCUUGUAGGGGGGUCCUCCCCCAGAAAAUUUUCGAAUUUGGAGGCUCCAAAACACCACUUUCAGCACUUGUCAUGAGAUAUGUCUCGGAAAAUCGACCUUGGAUAUGAAAAUGUCAUACUAUAAUCAAAAUAACCGAGUCUGAAGAAAACAAAUCCGAUCACAGACUUGAUUUGUCUGGCUCAACAGGUCCAGGGGGGGCCGGGGCAGCCACCCCCCGUGCCCCCCCACUAGCUACGCCUCUGAUUGGAUUGGUCAAAAUAAAGCAAGAUGCAAAUAUUCUCCAGUUAACUAAAUGAUAAGGCCUGGUGGAGAAUAAGUGAAUCAAAUGGUCACAUAUUCUUAUCAGGAUGUGGUGCAUGCAUCAUGGUAGAGCUCAGAUCAAUAAUUAAUAAUUAUUAAGUACUGAGCUUGAUUCUGUACCCCAACCCCAGUGGGGAUAAGGGAGUGCUCCCUAAUAAUGGCCUAUAUGGGGAGGCUCCGCCCAAAAGGGGUAAUUUUUUCAGGCUUUAGGUAUAUGAAAGGGUAGGGUUUUCAGUAGUUGAAGUUUAUGAAAGGGAAGGGAAAUCUGUCAUUUUGGCCUGAAAAAGACCCAUUAAAGGACUAAUAGAUGCAUUUUAUGGCUAUGAGAAAGUUGAGAAACGUUCUGGUUUGAGGUUAUUCAUAUCUUAAAGAGAGUGCAUUUACAGCAGUUGAAAUGGAUGUGAAAUUCUAAACUGUAAAAGGGGUAGCAUUUGUCAAUAAGCUAUACAAAAGGGGUACCUUUUCUGCCAAAAAUGGUUUAUAAAAGGUUAAGGGGUUGUACCCUGUGGCAGAGCCUCCCUGUGAAGCUUUGUUGGGUACACCCACCCCCCUUCCAGGACCCCACCCCUAGCUUGUAAGUUGUGAGGGUAUUUAAUUUUUGCCAGAUCAUGACAAAAUAUAAUAAUUAUUAUGGCUAUAUCAUUCACAAUAUGUAAUGUUUUUAUUAACAUACAUUUUCUUCUGAGAAGCAGAUUUAACCAUGUGAUUUGUGAAAGUGUUGGUACUGAUUUUUUUUUCAUCCUUUGUGUAGUUCAUUGCUGAAAGGUGGAGCAAGCCACAAGGACGUGGACAACAACACUAUUCUCAGAAUUUACUACGAGUCAAGGGUAUUAAUGAUUAUUUAGGUAUUCUGAGUAAAAUACAAGUCAAAAUCAAAUUAACAUUGUUCAUGAAUAAGAACUUUACAAAAAUAAUCACAAAUUUAAAUAUUAAAUGCUCCCAGCCCCUUACACUCCUAAAGCAUGUAAAAAAGAUCUUAUUUUUUUUCCCAUGGAACAAGCAAUGUGCAAAAAACUAUAUAUAUUUUUCUGACUGCAGCAAAUUUAUUGUUGCUGUAAAAUAUUUGGGUCUUAAGAAAUUUGUACAAAUUAACAGACACCUCCAGGCCUGUCAAAGAAUUGCUCAAGUCACUAAGUUUGAAUGACAGACUGGUUGCGAUCCUGCAGUGGCAAUCCAUAAUCACAUUUUGUCACAAAAUCUGAUUGGAUCAUCAUGUGGUGAAGAUUAGUGUAAAACCAGAUUCUCUUAAGUAUACUGAUGAAGUAGUUGCAUCUGUGAACUAUAAACACAGAAAUACAAACAAGAAAAGAUUUAUGCAUGUUAACUUUGAUAGUGAAGGGGUGCAUUGGAUAAGGCCUUAUGUUAUAAGUGACUCUUGACGUAAUGUCAAAUUUUCAUUUUAUGUCACAAGUUACAAGGCAAAUAUUUGAAAGGAGGUAUCAAUCACAGUCUACAAGAAACCAUUCAGGGUUUUUUCCAUACACCCCUUCAUUAUUUUAAGUGACAGUUUAUAGUUUGCGUGGACACUGAUUUUUUUAUUGAUUUUGUGUCUAGAUGGUACUUUUUAUUAUGGGUGUAGGCAAUGAGUUGUUUUUCUGUAUGUUGUACUUGCUUCAUUUUACUUCAGGACCAAUAUGUAAGUACUAUACAGUCAUGUGCACAUCACGAUUAAGAUUUUGUUUGUUCACACCCCAGUUAUGUGGACAAAAAUUGCCUACAAAUUACCAACAUUUCCUGAGUUUGAUUAAACUUUUUAGCCAUAUUAUGUCCACACACAAAUUCUCCAAACUCAUCUCCAUACAUGUCCUUCAAGAAUUAGUUGAGAGAAUUUGAUAGUGAUCAAGGCAUUUUCCAUUUGGUGUAAAUUUUAGUAAUUCCCUUAACCUUUUCUCUUUAUCAUAAAUGUAUUGGUAAUGUUUGGAGAAAAUUAAGGUUGAUCACCUUGGGACUUAAUUAAGAGGGUUGAUGUUAACAGCUUUUAUUAGUACAUAUACAGUGGUUAAAUUAUAAGUGAAUCAACUUUUCAGUUAGAGAGAUUAAGAGUCACAUUUAUGGGAAACAGCAAAUGUCAGAUUCAAGUUGAGAAUUUCUUAGAAUAGAAAAUAAGCAGAUAAAAACUGUCCAGAACAACAACUUACAGAUAAAACUGCCUUGAAAAAACUACUUAUUUUUGAGUGGAAGUAAUAAACAGUAAACAAAACUUGGUCAUGUGGUACAAAGUCACAUUUGCUUUUCGGCAUAAACAUGAUCUUUAAUCUCUUUAUUAAUAUUAGAUUGGUUUGGAAAAUUAAAUGCCCAUACCCACCCCUUACCCACAAGGUAGAGGGUUACUGCAGGAGGUCAGGCGAUCAAGGAGGGGGUCUCAUGCAGAGCAAAACUUUCUGAAAGCAAAAACAGAAACUACAUGCAGUAUACAGGAUCGAAUUUCCAGGGGAUCAAAAACCUUAAUUGUACCAGGUAGUAUGUUCAUGAACUAGAAAAAUUUAAAAGGCCUUACAUAAUUAACAGAAAUAAUGACAGUGUUACAAUCCUGGGUAUACUUCUCUAUAAUGACUGCAUGUACUAGUGGACCGCUGACUCAUUAUCACCACUUCUUUUUUCUGGUCAUUACCUGCUUUGAAUGGUCCUUUAUAGCUUAUGCUUACCACAUAAUUGCUUUUAAAUGAGUGUCCCUCCCGGAGCUCUGACAUGAGAGGAAAGCAUUUCAGCAGGAUGGACUUAUAUAUAUAUCUGUGUAUAUGUUUUUUUCAGUAUCUGUUGGAGGUGUCAAGUUUAGUGCAUUGGUUGCCUUUGCAUGGCUGACUCUUCCCAUAUGUUUUCUCAAGCAAGUAGUCAGCAUAAUUCAACUGAUUGUGGCAUGCAUCAAUACAGCCCGCUUGGAUGAGAGUGAAAGAGAACGCGUGAACAAAUGACUAGCAAUAGAGGCGGAGAAACCAAAUGGAAUUCUGCCAUUAUGGACACACUCAGACUGAUGACAGUAAUUUAAUUAUUUUAUGUUCGUGCUGGAAAUGUGAAAGCUGGCUUUUGCGUUAAAUCCAUUCCUCAAGAUACUGACAGCAGAGUUAACGUGUGAUUAUUGGGUACAUAUUUCUUUCAUUAGAUGAGUAUUUAAUGCUAGUUAUUUUAUCCAAAGUGGGUAAACACAUGUAUUGCUGGGGUGUUUUGUAUGCAUUUCUUAUAGGGUCACCAAAAAGCAUUUGAUUAAAGCACCUCAGUC